CCGGUUUCCCGCCAAAUAAUAAUACUACGCCUGUAAAAAUAUUCCUUUCCUUUAUUUUCUUUUACGUUCAUUGUAAUUCCUCAAAUCCUAUAUAAUUCCAUGCACCUCACUUUUCAGCAUGGAUGGCAUCACUCUAGACCCGGUUGCGUUGGAGCAAUUGCAGAGUGAGCAGAAGGCUCUCCUCGACGCUAUCGAUGACUUACGCAAACAUGGUGUCGGUCGUUUCAUUGAUCUCCCGCAGAUCAUCGUUGUUGGAGAUCAAUCAUCCGGAAAGAGUUCCGUACUUGAGGCCAUCUCGAGAGUACGUUUCCCUGUCAAAGAUGAACUGUGUACAAGAUUUGCGACAGAGCUCGUUCUUCGCACCAACAAUCAGACUAGAGUAGAUGUGCGCAUUCAUCCGUCGGCGACUUCUAAAAAUAAGGAGCAGCCUUUUGAUGAGAAAUCGUUCGACAAAGAUGAAUUGCCUCGUAUUAUUGAGGAUGCUAAGAGCAAAAUGCUCAAGGACGAUGCUGGCUUCUCAGAAGACGUCUUGAGAAUUGAGAUAAGCAGUCCUGACGUGCCCCAUCUCACUCUGGUCGAUCUUCCGGGUUUCUACCACGGAGAAGAUGACAAACAAUCUGCCGCAGGUCGGGAUAUUGUUGAUCGCCUGGCCGAACGAUAUAUGGCCCGUAAAAACAGCAUCAUCCUUGCUAUAAUUUCAGCGCGCAACCAAGUUAUACUGCAGAAGGUCUUGUCUAAAGUAAAGCAUCAUGACAAGGAGAAAAGACGAACGUUAGGAAUUAUCACAAAACCAGAUACCCUCACAUCCGGAUCUCAAGAUGAGGCGAAUUUCAUUCGCCUAGCUAAGAAUCUUGAUAAGUCUCACGAUUUAUCCUUAGGAUGGCAUGUACUCCGGAAUCGAAGUGAAAAGGAAGCCUUAAAUGCUGACGACGAGAGAGACGAGAAAGAGCGAAAGUUCUUCGAGUCGAGCCUCUGGUCGAGCGUGCCUUCGAAGAAUCGUGGGGUCGAAGCUUUACGUAAGAAGCUGAGCGGAAUUCUCCUCGGACAUAUCAAGAAUAAUCUUCAAGAUCUGAUCCUCAACAUCGAGGAAAACAUCAACGAUCGCAAAACCCAACUAGAUCGCCUCGGAGAGUCUAGAUUGACAGAACAAGAACUCAAAACACAUCUUGAAAGGAUUGCCUCUAAGUUCCAUCUACUUUGCUUGUAUGCAGUGCAGGGGAACUAUGCUGACGAGUUCUUCGGGGGUCUCUAUCCGGGCAACGAAAUGGCAGCGAUCAGUAAUAGCAGGAUCAAAAAGCUUCGGGCACUUGUGCGUGAUUUAAAUCGGAUAUUCGCCUACGUCUUACAAACCAAAGGCAUGAAACGUAUCAUCCUCCCUAAAGACAGAGCUGUAGACGAAACCAGUCCAACACAUGGAGACGAGUCAGCUCUACCGUCAUAUCUUUGGCCCCUAGCCAGCCUUUACAAAUUUGAGAAACCAAAAGAGGACACCUUCGAGAAAGUUUCGUCAGAACUAGAGUCUUUAUCAUCCUCUAAUCAGGGAAACGAGUUUCCAGGAACCUCGAACGAUCGUAUAGCCGUUGACUUUUUUCAAGAGCAGUCUCAGCCAUGGGAAGAAAUUGCGCGUUUUCACUUGGGUAUCGUUCUUCAUAUGGCCAAAGCAUUUGUUGAAAAGCUUAUGGAGCAUAUUAUUGGCCCAGAUAAGAGAACCUGCUCAGCUAUUCUUUCUGAUAUAGUAGACCCAUUCUUUGAUCGGAAGUCUACCGUCCUCCAAGCUAAGUUGCAUGAACUCUUGUACCAUUAUAAGAGUGGCUACCCCCAGCCUCUGGAUAUGGAGUUCCGGGAGCUCCUCACUCAGAGACGUCAUAAGAAAAACAUCGGAAUCGACACAAUGCGAAAUCUUAUUGCGACCCGACCCGAACUCUUCACGGACGUUGCGCGUAUGGAACUCGAGAGAUCAGCAGCACCGAAAGGUACGAGCGAAUUUGGCGUAGAUGGUCUAAUAGAGAAGGCUGAGACUUAUUACGAAAUGUCACUUAGGACAUUUACCGAUAACGUUAUAGUCUUAUCUAUCGAGAACUGCCUUAUGAGAGACCUGCCGUCCAUUUUUGACACAACCAUGGUAAGUCUGAUGAAACGUGAUGAACUUGAACGUCUCGCAUCAGAAUCGCCGGAAAUUCAAGUUGAGCGGGAAGAAUUGAAGGCCGAGUGCAACGCUCUCAAGAAAGGACUACAAAUUUGUAAUAGAUUUAGAGAACGAAAAACGACCUCUGUGCCAUCCAUCCUACUUGAACUGGAUAGGGCUUCGAUGACUACUAGCCUAAAUCAUAGCUCGGGAAAUUCGCCAGUUCCUACCCCGGAUGAGACAUUUUCACCUCCAGUAACACCACAAAAGAUCUCGGAGAAGGCCCCAAAGAAAACUCCGGGGAAGGGCUCUAUAUCCGACUUUAAGAGCUCUCAAUCUAAUAGCGCUAGUACUUUCUCGAUGUUUUCGGCUCCAGAUGCUACUGUGAGGUCUUCACGAAGCUCGUCGAACUCUAUCUUGUUUCCUUCCGAACCCAGUUUAUUCAAGAAGCCUAUUGUGCAAUUGCCUCCGGAACCCAAUACGAACAAGUCAGCGGAGCCUCCGUCUUCUGCAUUUACAUUCCCGAAGCUGGAACUGAACCCAUUCGCAUCCCCCCAUCCAUCCUUCAGUCCGAAAUGGAGCCCAUCUGCUCCAUUGGCCACGACAUCAAGUACGAAGCAGGACCCGGACGAAUUUUUCAGCCCUCUCCCUUUUGGGGCCGCACCGUUUGGUACCCGCUUCGUUACACUCCCAUUUCAGGAACGUGAGAGCACAUACAAUCAAGAUAUGAACUCAUUCCAGCACAUAUGCACGCGGGCGCCGUACGAUAAAUAUUCACCUGAAGAGCUGAUGGUAUUUUCCUAUGUACCUGGGUCUCGAUUUGCGGGGCGCCUAGACACUUAGAUGUAUAAACACUGAGUGAAAAUUGGAGGGCGACUCUUUUGGACGGGAUAAAAAUUACUAUGAUAUUGCUGUACUAAUAAUGUCUGAUUGUUUCGGACGGGAUCAUAUUAUGUUGUCCACGUUGGACGAUGUCAGCAAGCCUGAUAGAUGUUAUGUACUGCUGUCAUUCUAAAUUGAUUUUGCUCUUAUUUUUACUAACAACAA